CUGAAGGUUCACACAGAGGGGUUUGUUCAUCAUUCACAGACUCAUUUAUACAUUUAUUUACUAAAAACAUGGAGAGAUUUUAUGUCUGUUGACAGUAUUUUCUGAUUUAUGAAGUGACACAAACAGAUAUCAUGAAUCCCUUUUAUUAAAACCUUUGACUGUAGUAUGUCAACAACAUGAAACAAGAAUUUAGAACCUGGCUUUAUCCAAUGUUCAGAUUUAUGUUCUGGAAACGUAUGAAAAUUAGCAGAUAUUCGAUUAGAUAAUGCCUCAUUUUCAUAUUAAACACACAAUUUCAGAAAACUUGUAGUACAAAAAAGUGGACGUAGUGUAAGUAAUCAAAUAUCAUAUAUUAGUAUUUUUUACUCAUUCACCUGUAAUGUCACAAACAUAAACAAAUCACAGGUUCCAUGUGGAAGAGUUUUAAUGUGCCAGGUUUUAAUGCUGAUGUCUUUCUGUCUCUCAGGUGUCCCGUCUGGAGCACACCUGGACGGCGUUACGGCAGCGACACACAGAUGGCGCCAUUCUCUACGAGAAAACCCUGAGGCCGUUUAUGAAGAGCCUGAACGACGGCAGAGAGAGCUGUCCGCUGUCCAACACCACCUUCCCCCACGUCCUGCCCCUCCUGUCCCUGCUGGAGAAGAGCAUGGCGGUGAGUGACGGGGCGGAGCCAUGGGAGUCGGCCGAGGUCGGGGUGGACGUGGUCAUGUUCCACCUGGGGGCGGCGAGGACCAUCGCUCAGCUGGGGGGCAUCUACCACUCCAACGCAGAGACCAAACUACAAGGUUUCCAGGAGCAGCCGGAGGUCCUGGAGCUCUUCCUGACCGACUUCCAGAUGAGGCUGCUGUGGGGGAGCAGGGGAGCCGAGGAGAGCCAGGCUCUGCGAUACGCCAAGUUCGACCAGGUUCUGACCGCUUUGUCCAACAGGCUGGAGCCGCCCGUCAGACAGCGCUGACCCCGGAAAGAAACCACUCGAUGGACAAACGACGCAAAACCGAGAAGCUGCAGAAUUCACAGUCUUCACAUCUGAUUUGUUUUGUCACAAACUCCUUGUGUUCUCAUUUGCCGUCCUCUUCCAGUAUCUAUAUUCUUAACCGAGGACGUUAACGUGUCAGAAAUAAACUUUGUCCUGUCGUUAUGAACCAAAAUUGCGAAUGGAAGAUAUAUAUAAGUGUAAAUAUGCAGCGCUGUGCCAGAAUCUUGUUGCUUUUGUUCUAUGGAAACAGAACAGGAAGUAGUUUUCUGAUUUGGUGAAGACGAGGCUGAGCCUCAGUGCGUUAGACACGUGUUCAUGUCUCAGUGCGUGAGACACGUGUUCAUGUCUCAGUGCGUGAGACACGUGUUCAUGUCUCAGUGCGUUAGACACGUGUUCAUGUCUCAGUGCGUGAGACACGUGUUCAUGUCUCAGUGCGUGAGACACGUGUUCAUGUCUUAGUGUGUGAGACACGUGUUCAUGUCUGGAGCCUGAAGGCUGGACCUUCCCUAAAUCUAAACGUAUGUCAUAUUGUACAACCCAAUAACAGAAUAACGUUGUAUCCACAUUUCCAAUGUGUUAAUAAUUAAGAUUUUCUAAUUGUAAUAUUUAAUGUAUUGUGGGAGGAGAGUGCUGAUGCUGUAAUCAGUGCUGAGGUCAGUUCAGAACUUGUUUUUUCUUCCUGUUUCCUUCAAAGUUAAAUCCGUACAGUUUGUCACAUGAUCACACCUUCUCUCUUCAUCGCUUUGGGAAUUUAAAGUGUUUGAACUGAAGCCAACCACACGAGUACAGCAACACGGGUACUUUUUACCUUACAGUACAUUGUGUUAAUGUCUAAUAUUUAUCUGAAAUGUAAAUAAACAUGUUUACCUCAC